UUGCGUCCAUGCCAAUUAACUAAUCCUGUAUCCGAUGCCGCAUGGGGGCCGGUGAGGUCAUCUUGAAUGGCGUAAUCAGAUUGGAGCGUCUACUACAGCGGCAAAGUGACACUGAAGUUCCACGUCAACAACAAUACACCUGAGUCAAUGCGCUGUGAAGAAUCACACAGCAGAGGGAAUGUGAGGAGGAGGCAUUGUUUUUUAUUUUAUUCCACAAUGGACUAAAAAAAAAAAGACUGGACCAAAAGAGACAAGCUCCCCGCCCUCUAUGCCAUGGAAGAGUCCAAUGCAAACAAAAGAGGUGGGUUUGGACAUCAUCAGAAAGACACGCCACUCAGCCACGCACAGACACUGAGUCUGUGCACGGUGGACGGCAGCAGUGAUACUCAGCCCCGGAGAGUCAACGGCUCUUCUGUAGAGGCACCGAGCUACCAGAACUUGCACCGAGAGCUGCUGCUCAGUCACAAGCGGGGCCUUGUCCUGGAGGAGAAGCCGGAGCUGAAGCGAGUGCUGGAGCAGCGGCGACUGGUGCUGCACAGGGACCAGGAGAUGGCUCAGCAGCGGCCCUCGGAUCUGGAGACGGAGCUUCGCAAAAGACAGCAGAAGCUGCAAGAGUACGAGCAGGAGGAGAUAAGGCAGAGGGAGAACCAGCAGAAGAUACCAGAAUUUGUUCGUGUAAAGGACAAUCUGAGACGCACGCAGAUGUUCGAGCAGUGAAGUGCUGGCCAUGCAACCGCCAUCAGUGCAUGUUAUUCACUGGCUCUCGUCUCCAACGUGGAACCAGGAGUCAUUAAUGGCGGGAAACACAAAGUUCGAUACAGUCCAUUCAAGUAUUCCUCACAGUUGUCUUUGCGUGUGCUGAGUGAAUGGUUUUGAUGUGCUUUUUUACUGUCAGGGUGUUAUUUAACCUGAACCCAAAUCAACUACUACGAAGCAGUGGAAGGGCUACACCUCUUUCAUGAGAUGUUUUCAGGAUGUUUUGGAAAAACACUAUAUAUAUGUCUAAACAAAAGUGAAAAAUUGAAAGGUUUCUGUCACAACUUUUGCUGUUCCAAGAGUGCAGUGAAAAUAAAGCGUAUGGCUCACAGAGA